GUUCUCCUGCCUGGUAGCCUCUCCCUCCUCCCCCUCCCUCCCUCACAGGAAGUAUCGCUCCAGAGCAUCCCGACGUUCCAUCUAGAACUUCCCUUCACCCUCCCCCAUACACACUCGCUGCCCUUCUUUGCUUUCCGUAAUACCCCGCUCUCCGUCGUCUGCCAGAGGAGGAGCAGAAGUACUCUCUCUAUACACACAGGGAUAGGAGACCAAGAAAUCAAAUCGAACCGUCUUAGUCGUUGCAACGCACGAACUGCUGCUGCAGCCUCCCCUCCCUCCCCCAUGCGUGUCGAUCCCUUCUGCACCGUCAUUCGUUUCGCCCCCAUCGGCGUACUCAUCGCUGUCCAUUGCUCCAACGGGCACUGGCCCAGCGAUGAGGAGUGCGCCGAGCGCGUCAUCCGCGCCGGCUUCUGCGUCGACUUGGUCCGCGAGCGGCCGCUCUCCGUUGUGACGCACCUCUUCAUCCACAUCUCCUCCCAACACCUCCUCAGCAAUAUCUGCUCCUUUGCGGCGACGCUGUUGGAGUAUGGUGACGUGCCCGUACCAACGCAGCCAAACGCCGAUGGUGAUGAUGAUGAUCAUGCGGCGACGGCGGACGGCAACGACGAGUAUCCGACACCCGCUUCGCAGCGGCACGGCAGCGUGGGGGCGCAGAUGCGUGCCCUCUGGUGCGAGCACAGUCCUGCGCAGGCGUGUCUACGCACCGUUGGUGUCUUCGCCGUGUGGCUGAUCGGCGGCGCGCUCGGUGGGCUGGGUGGCCAGCUCCUCUACAACGACUCCACGGUGAUGCUGCGGCGGGAGCGGGCUGCUCGGGCUGUCCACGCUGUUCGCGAGUCGCAAUCCGCCUCUUCUCCCUCCUCCUCCGAGGGUGGAGUACCCGUGCUGAGUACGUUGAGCCGGCACGCGCGCGUUCUGCGGCAGCGAGCCGAGGCGAUGAACUCCACCUUCGCCGCGGCGGCGCAGCAGGCGGUGAACAACGCGAUGAUGAUGUGCGGCGCGAGUGCGGGCAUCUGCGCCCUCUCCGGCUUCAACGCCGUGUACUACGGGCGGCCGGUGACGGCGUUGUGCAUGGUGGUGCCGGAGGUCGUGGCGCUGUCGGCGGACGUGGUGAACCACUACAUGGCCCUCCUCGCUCCGAAUAACGGUUCGAGUGGCAGUCCCGCCCUGGAUGCGCAGCGGAAGGCGCUGCGGUCGACGUGGAGAACGUUGAUGCCUGGGCAGGUGGUCGGCCACGCCGCGCACGUGGGGGGUUUCGUGGCCGGUGCAGGGAUCGGCUAUGCGUGGUUGUGGGUGCAGAAGCGGCGGCUGAGGCACGCCCAAUCCCGCCGGCGCGCGCGCAAAUAG